UUGUCAAAAGUUUAUAUUGGAUUUGGAAUCCUUCAAUUUCGCAAAGAGACAAAAGGCACAUUACAAGAGAUUCAAAUUGUCGGCGAGGAUGAGAAGAUUUUAUUUGAUAUACACCAUUGUUUGGCAUACAUGGUGCAAUCAAAUACACAGCCUCCUUGGUUUGACAUCUCCAUUUUCAUGACAACAGAGGUUGCAAUUAAUACCAACAUUAAAUUAACUGGGAGAGCAAGACACAGUUCCAUCACUGCAGAAGUGAAAGCAGUUUUCGAGGAGCUUAGUCUGACUGAAAGAUUUCGUCAAAAAAUUACGCUGAACGAAGCACUGGCUAUAGACAUUUCGAAGUCCGAAAGUCCAAAAUCUGACCGGGGACUAUCAAAUACGCCGUGGGCACUUCUCCACGGACUUCUUCACGGCAAUUGUGAAUGCAGAGAUAACGUACCUGGCACACAGCAGGAUGAUAUGUUUGAUAGGCUUGAAGAGAAUAGUGAACAUGACUCCCAAAGGGUAACUGAAAUGAGUGCCAUGGACAUAUUUAUGGCCACAUUUCAUUCAUGCGAUGGACUUUUGAAACAAGCGCUUUUUAAGAAGAUGUAUCUGUGCAAACUUGCCAUGCCCUUUUUGUACCAUUCAGUUAAAACGAAUGCGCUUCGAGUUUCGUUAUGGCCUUUUCAACAGUUUCCGAUUUCAGAUGGUAAUUUAGAGCAUUGCGCUUUGAACAUGAAAACCAAUGUUAUAACUUUUGUUCGCCUUGGUAGGCCAAAAUUUUCAAAAUUAACGUUUCUUAAUCGCUUGAUCCAAAAUGGGAAUGACGCAUUCUCAAUCUUUUUCAACAGGGAAUGCAAGUCAGGCCUGUUAAGUCGCGUACUUUUUAAAAGAGUCGUCGAGAUAUUUUGGGAUACUCCUGCAAAUGAAAACAAACUGAUAAGAACAUAUUUGAAUGUCAGAAGCGACUUUGCGGAAGAAUUCAAUUCUCAAACUGAUAUUUGGAAAUGUCUAAUUAAAACAUCCGAUUUGUUUGUUGUUGUCAUUGAGCUUAACGAAAUGGUGAGCAAUUUUGAGAAUUAUUGCAAACUGCUCAAUGAAAUACCAAAAUGCGUAAUAUUGUUCUCUGAACACAAUAAUUUCGGGAACGAAACUAAAUUCAGUAUACAAGACAAAAUAAAAAUGUUACGCAAUAAUCUCAAAGAUAAAUGUAAAGUCAUUUCGACACAUGAAAUGGGAACAGAAAAGGAAACUGAAAAACUGUUGAAAAACAUGUUGAGUAACAUAGCAGAACAUUUGAAAACAUGUCAGGCUGUUCUGACGUUAGAAGAAAGAAUCAACACUUUUAAUGAAAACAAUGGUCACGUAUUAGAAGAUGAAGAAAACGAAGACUUAGUUUUAGGAAAGGAAUUAGCAAAAUGUAUGAUGUCAGAGAUGACUUCUGAAAUUGGACAAACGAAUGAAAAAAACAGCUUUCAAAACUGCAUUAGUACUUUGACACCAGUGUCGUAUUAUGAUUCUCCAAAAUUGAUUAAAACGUUGAGACUAAAGAACCAGGAAGAAGAUCGAAAUGAAAUAGAAAAGCAUAGUAACGCUAUUUUUAACACUCGGAAAGAAUGCCUUUCAAAUAUUUCAAAUACCGUUCGACUUCUUGCAAAAUAUCUCGUUAAUACGCGACCACUAAACAUGAGGCAAAAGUACUUCAUUGGGUGGCUUAGAAUUUUUAUUGAACAAAAAUUAUCUCAUUUCUUGUCCCAAAAAUCAAAGGAAAAAGAAAAGUACGAAUCGGAUACGGAAAACGAAAAUCACUACUCAGAAUUGGAUGGGAUUAUAAAGAUUUCAUCUCUUACAGUUGAGCAUCUUUUUCGCGGAAUAAGUCAUGUCUAUGAUUCGAUCAUUGAAUUAGGUGAGGACCCUAGGACAUAUCGUUUGCCAAGUGUAAACGACUGUGUGGACACUUUUUUCUAAUUUUAUCAUUGAGGGC